GCGCCUCUUCUCAUUCGACCAUUGCCAGUGGUUCUUAGUCAUAUCCCCCUCAGGUUAUACCGCCCAUGGGACAAGGUUGCCUACCAAGGUGUGUAUGUGUAUUAUAACCAUAGAUAUAAUUUGCUACAAUCCAUACAGUUGUACCAGAACAUUCUUUAGACUUUAGAUGAUGACCACGGCAACCUCAUGACACCGUCGAGCCAAUCAGAGCACUGGCCCAGGUCGUAUCCGUUCCAAACAUAUCGACGUCCGUUAUCAUUUGCCAUCUGGGAGUACAGCACAUUUUUGCAAUGCCACGAUGGAUUCCAUCUCAUCGCAACACUACGGACAUACUCGCCCAGCCGCUCGUGUACCCCAUCUUUCUCAUCGAACUUCAACUCAUGCCUCAUUGAGGGGGUACGGUGUAGACGCAUGUGCAUCCAUCAAGUAGGCUACUGUACAAUCGUGUAUUAGCAGACCUCACAUGGUGUCACAUCCACCAAACAGGGGCGGUUACUACAAAAUCCGGAAUGUUGAGUUCGACACUCAGUAUGUCGACUUGAAACAAGGCAACGCUAGGCCUGGCACGCUCAUUGUCGGGCAUCGUGAAGACAACAGCCCCGGUGGGAUUCAGAACCGCACUUGGCAGAUCCUUUAUCAAUCUAAAGGCCCACUCACUGCGACGAUCAGGAAUCCAGUGAGCGCGAGCUAUGCUACAGUCGAUGAUCUGAACGGCAAUGUUGUAGGCAACGGCGAUCCACAGGAGUUCGAAUUGAUCAAGACUUCUUAUGGGUAUCGCAUCAAGGUGAAAGGCUCCACCGAUGUGUGGAUCCUUGAUAGCAAAGAGGACCUCACUAAGAUCCACGUCAUUUCACCUCCUUCUGAAAGCGACAAGAAGCAGUACUGGAUAUUGGAGUCGUCGUGAUAAACUGCUUCGGAAGGGGAGGAGACCUCGCUGAUUUAACCUCAAGUUGUCCGGCUACGUAGGUGAAAGUCUGGGCCCUGUGACUGAUUAGCUACAUAUGAAUUCAUGUUGGGUGACCAGUUUUUCAUGAAGUCAGCCUGUGACAUGUACAGGGUGCGCGGAAGGCCCGAUUUGAUUUUCACACAUGCUUG